GGUGGUGACCCUGCCACCCCGUUGUCCCCAGGCCGCCUGAUUUUCGACAACCUGAAGAAGUCCAUCGCCUACACGCUGACCAGCAACAUCCCCGAGAUCACGCCCUUCCUCCUCUUCAUCAUCGCCAACAUCCCGCUGCCGCUGGGCACCGUCACCAUCCUCUGCAUCGACCUGGGCACCGACAUGGUCCCCGCCAUCUCGCUGGCCUACGAGGCGGCCGAGAGCGACAUCAUGAAGCGGCAGCCCCGCAACCCGCGGACGGACAAGCUGGUGAACGAGCGGCUCAUCAGCAUGGCCUACGGGCAGAUCGGCAUGAUCCAGGCGCUGGGGGGGUUCUUCACCUACUUCGUGAUCCUGGCCGAGAACGGGUUCCUGCCCACACGCCUGGUGGGCAUCCGCCUGGCCUGGGACGACCGCUCCACCAACGACCUGGAGGACUCCUACGGCCAGGAGUGGGUGAGCGCACGCGCUUGUGCAAAGCCCCCCCCCCCCCGGGG